AAUAAUAAUACAAUACCAUACGAGGAACAACUAUCCAAACAAGAUGUUAGAAAUGGAUCAUUUUUUUUUUAGAACGGACCUAAAUUCAAAUAAACUGGAAAAGAUGGUGGAGUACUCUGUUUCACGAAUCCCCAUAUAUCCUCAAAAAAAUUUCAUUCUCCGUAUACCUAGAGAUAUGGGAUUUACAUCUCGGUUCAGUCGCAAGAGCAAGGUUUCGCCGAACAACGAAGACCCAUCGCCGUCGGUGUCGUCGCCGAUAAACUCUCCAGCCACGAGGAAAGAGCUAAACGAGAAAGAGCUAAAAAAAGUGUUCGAGAGGUUCGAUGCGAAUGGCGAUGAGAAAAUUUCAGCAUCGGAAGUGAAUUCCGCCCUGUCUAGCUUAGGAAACGGUCUUAAGACAGAAGAAUUGGAGAAAAUGUUCAGCAAAGUGGAUUCCGACGGGGACGGGCUCAUCAAUUUUGAUGCAUUCCUCCAUUGCUAUAGAGUUUUGGAGGAUAUUGUGGAUUCUUUCUCCUUGUUUGAUGUGGACAAGAAUGGUUUCAUCACUGCUGAUGAGUUUCAGAACCUGUUUAUGACGGCUCUGGGGGAAGAAUAUUCGAUUAAAGAGUGCCGGAAACUGAUCAGCGCCGGUGAUACUGACGGCGAUGGUACGAUCAGUUACGAGGAAUUUAGGGUUAUGAUGGUUAGUUCCAGGUUUGGGGGUGGAAAUGCGGGUCGGGGCAGGUCAAACCCUUAAUGGCCCGGUACUCAUUUGUAGUUUUCCCAUCAAUGCGUGGUUUCUUAGUGUCAUAGGUCACGAGCUUACUUGGGCCUGACUUAAAAAUCUUAGUCCAAUCCUACAAAAUCACUGGUUGAGUUAGGUCGGCCCAUUGGGUCAAGUCCAUAUUAACGGCUGUGUUAAUUAGUGAAUGAAUGUGUUUAUAUCAUUAAAUCUGUAUUAAUUAGUGAAUGAAUUUGUAUAUAUCAUUAAAUCGUCAUUGCAAUGUAUUUAACA